AAUUGAACAUUCCAAAGGCCGGUCUCCUCCUUCUCGGUGUUCUUUGGUAAGUGCGGCUAAAAUUGUGCUAAAGCUAAUCGUGAAAAAGUGCCGAAAUUACUAGCCAUCGUUACAAAAAGAGUGUUAAAUCCGACGUAUACUGUCGUAAAGUGUGUUUGUCGCGCGCCGCACCUUAUAAAAACAAAAUGCUGUCUGCCGCCAGACUGAUCGCCCCUGCAGCCAGGUCUGCCAUCUUCUGCAACUCUGCACUGGUGCGACCACUUGCAGCAGUACCCACCCAUACACAGAUGGUACCUGCUGUCCCUACACAGCUCUCUGCAGUGCGGUCCUUCCAGACCACAUCGGUCACUAAGGACAUUGACUCUGCUGCCAAAUUCAUUGGUGCUGGUGCAGCGACAGUGGGAGUAGCUGGUUCCGGUAUUGGUAUUGGAGUGGUUUUUGGAUGCUUAAUCAUUGGCUAUGCACGCAAUCCCUCACUCAAGCAACAAAUAUUCUCAUAUGCUAUCCUGGGAUUUGCACUAUCUGAGGCUAUGGGACUGUUUUGUCUUAUGAUUGCAUUCCUGAUGUUAUUUGCCUUUUAGAUGUUUUUAUUGUUUAUGUACAGUGUAUAUUUUAUAUUAUGGAAGUGCUUUGUUGUAUAUGCUGCAUGAUUUUGUGUGCAAUUUUAAUAUUAACCAUGAAGAUCACAGAGGUGAGAUUGCUUUCUAAUGCUUGUAGUUUAGACUAAAACUGAAUAUUUUAAAGGGAAUCUCAAACCAUUGAGUGCAAACCGUCAAUAGAUCGACUAUUAAUGUGUAUAAAGUGCAGAACGUCUGAAUACGGACUGUUGCACAGUUACUGCAUCUAUGCGGACUUGUCUUAGCUUGUAUUGGGUUUUUAAUAUGUUAAUAACAUUUAUAAAUAACUGUUUAAAAAGAUUUUGCUAUGAAUUUAGCAUUGAUUUUUGUAUUUUGUAAAUUUUUUUAAAAUGUACAUUUCAAAAAUCCUUUAGCAAUUGCGACAAAAUAUUUAAAAGCUCGCACUAAAAGGGUUAAACAACUGUGUUGUCGUUAACAAAUUACUUACAUCACCAUUAAAAUUUCAGGAGCUGGUAUUGGAACAGUCUUCGGCUCCCUCAUCAUCGGCUAUGCCAGGAACCCCUCCCUCAAGCAGCAGUUGUUCUCAUACGCCAUUCUGGGUUUCGCCUUGUCUGAGGCUAUGGGUCUGUUCUGUCUUAUGAUGGCGUUCCUGCUGCUCUUCGCUUUCUAAGCUAUUUACUUUUAAGAACACUACUACUGCCAUCCUACAUAUGAGGUUUCAGUGUAUACUAUCUGGAGUGGACAGCCAUGGAAUCGAAUGUUUGGAAACCUCACCCUCAUAGUGAUGCAAGGACUGAUGUGUGUUACACCUACAGUGCGCGUCAACAGGAAUGCAAUUUAUUUAAUUAUGUAGUAUAAACAAAAAUCUGCAAUAAAAUGUUGUACGUAAACAUUA